AAGGGCGAUUCGUAAAGAACUAGUACCGUCAGCCUUUUCGCUCAAACUUAUCUUAUUAACUUCUCUCAUAUCCAAAUAUACUCAUAACACAUUCGCGAUGUAUUUCUGUGUAUUUUGCAUCUAAGUACUAAAAUGUCGUUGUCAAACAAAUUAAAAUCCCUCUUCCACACAGAACACGUAUCCCUCCGCCUUCAUUGAGGUCUACGUCUCUUUCCGGUGCGUUUCUCCACCGGACGGGUUCCGCCGCCAUUGCAGGUUUCUAGAGUUCCCCUCAGCGGCGGUUGACAUUCUGGAGUUGAAGCGCCUCAUUUACAUUCAGCGGGCGACUAGAGUAACCUAACACAUUCCCGGUUCAUCUGCCCCCCCAAAAAACACAAGACCUCCUCCAUUCAUUCCCGGCUCUGGAGUAGUUUAGAUUAGGCAGAAAUAAUAGCAGGAAUUAGAGAGGUAAGCGAAGAGGAACCACCAUCAUCAUGGCUCAAAUCCUGCCCAUUAGAUUCCAGGAGCACCUGCAGCUCCAAAAUUUGGGGAUCAACCCAGCCAACAUUGGGUUCAGCACCCUGACGAUGGAGUCUGAUAAGUUCAUCUGUAUCCGGGAGAAGGUCGGAGAACAGGCACAGGUGGUGAUCAUCGACAUGGCGGACCCAAACACCCCCAUCCGCAGGCCCAUCUCUGCAGAUAGCGCCAUCAUGAACCCUGCGAGCAAAGUCAUUGCACUUAAAGCUGCCAAAACCCUUCAGAUCUUUAACAUCGAGAUGAAGAGUAAGAUGAAAGCCCACACCAUGACUGAUGAUGUCACUUUCUGGAAGUGGAUCUCUCUUAACACCAUUGCCCUGGUGACUGAUAACGCUGUCUAUCAUUGGAGCAUGGAGGGAGACUCUCAGCCAGUCAAAGUGUUCGACAGACAUUCCAGCCUGGCAGGCUGUCAAAUCAUCAACUAUCGCACCGAUGCCAAGCAGAAGUGGCUGCUGCUCAUUGGCAUUUCUGCUCAGCAAAACCGAGUUGUUGGUGCCAUGCAGCUCUACUCAGUUGAAAGGAAGGUGUCCCAGCCUAUCGAGGGUCAUGCCGCUGGCUUUGGACAGUUCAAAAUGGAGGGAAAUGCAGAAGAAUCCACUCUCUUCUGUUUUGCUGUGCGAGGUCAGGCAGGAGGAAAGCUUCACAUUAUUGAAGUGGGGACGCCACCAACCGGCAACCAGCCAUUCCCAAAGAAAGCUGUGGACGUGUUCUUCCCUCCAGAAGCACAGAAUGACUUCCCCGUUGCCAUGCAGAUCAGCUCUAAACAGGACGUCGUAUUUCUCAUCACUAAAUACGGUUACAUUCAUCUGUAUGACCUGGAGACGGGCACCUGCAUCUACAUGAACCGAAUCAGCGGAGAGACCAUUUUUGUGACGGCACCCCAUGAAGCCACUUCUGGAAUCAUCGGCGUGAACAGGAAAGGACAGGUGUUGUCAGUGUGUGUUGAGGAGGAGAACAUCAUCCAGUACAUCACCAAUGUGCUGCAGAAUCCAGACCUGGCUUUACGGAUGGCAGUCCGAAAUAAUCUGGCAGGAGCCGAGGAGCUAUUUGCCCGCAAGUUUAACAACCUCUUUGCCGCAGGAAACUACUCGGAGGCAGCUAAAGUGGCUGCUAAUGCUCCAAAGGGUAUCCUGCGCACUCCUGACACCAUCCGUCGGUUCCAGGGCGUCCCGGCUCAGCCCGGCCAGACAUCCCCACUCCUGCAGUAUUUCGGGAUCCUACUGGACCAGGGCCAGCUCAACAAGUUUGAGUCUCUGGAGCUGUGCAGACCCGUCCUUCAGCAGGGCCGCAAACAGCUUCUGGAGAAAUGGCUGAAGGAGGACAAGCUUGAAUGCUCAGAGGAAUUGGGCGACUUGGUGAAGUCUGUGGACCCCACUCUUGCUCUUAGUGUCUACCUGAGGGCUAACGUACCCAACAAAGUCAUUCAGUGUUUCGCAGAAACUGGCCAGUUCCCCAAGAUUGUCCUGUAUGCCAAAAAGGUGGGCUACACUCCAGACUGGAUCUUCCUGCUGAGGAACGUGAUGCGGAUCAGUCCGGAUCAGGGUCUGCAGUUUGCUCAGAUGCUCGUUCAGGAUGAGGAACCGCUGGCUGACAUCACACAGAUCGUUGAUGUGUUUAUGGAGUAUAACCUGGUCCAGCAGUGCACGUCCUUCCUUUUGGAUGCUCUGAAAAACAACCGCCCAUCAGAAGGUCCACUGCAGACCCGUCUGCUGGAAAUGAACCUGAUGCAUGCACCACAGGUUGCAGAUGCCAUCCUAGGAAAUCAGAUGUUCACCAACUACGAUCGUGCCCACAUUGCCCAGCUGUGUGAGAAGGCAGGGCUUCUGCAGAGAGCUUUAGAGCACUAUACUGACCUGUAUGACAUCAAACGAGCUGUCGUACACACACACCUGCUCAACCCAGAGUGGCUGGUGAACUUUUUUGGCGCUCUGUCAGUGGAGGACUCUGUGGAGUGUCUUAGAGCCAUGCUGUCUGCUAACAUCAGGCAGAACCUUCAGAUCUGUGUCCAGGUGGCCUCCAAGUAUCACGAACAGCUGACUACCCAGGCCCUCACUGAGCUUUUCGAGUCUUUCAAGAGUUUUGAGGGUCUGUUCUACUUCCUUGGCUCGAUUGUGAACUUCAGCCAGGACCCAGAGGUGCAUUUCAAAUACAUCCAGGCCGCAUGCAAGACGGGCCAAAUCAAAGAGGUGGAGCGGAUCUGUCGGGAAAGCAACUGCUAUGACCCUGAACGUGUCAAGAACUUUCUCAAGGAAGCUAAACUCACCGACCAGCUGCCUCUCAUUAUUGUGUGCGAUCGCUUCGACUUCGUCCAUGAUCUUGUACUCUACCUGUAUCGAAACAACCUCCAGAAAUACAUCGAAAUCUAUGUGCAAAAGGUGAACCCAAGCCGUCUGCCUGUGGUAAUUGGAGGGCUCCUGGAUGUUGACUGUUCCGAGGACGUCAUCAAAAACUUGAUCCUGGUUGUGCGGGGCCAGUUUUCCACAGAUGAGCUGGUGGCAGAAGUGGAGAAGAGAAACAGACUGAAGCUGUUGUUGCCAUGGCUGGAGUCUCGUAUCCACGAGGGCUGUGAGGAGCCAGCUACCCACAAUGCUUUGGCCAAGAUCUACAUCGACAGCAACAACCACCCAGAACGCUUCCUGCGGGAAAACCCGUACUACGACAGCCGGGUGGUGGGGAAAUACUGUGAGAAAAGAGACCCUCACCUGGCCUGUGUGGCCUAUGAGAGAGGACAGUGCGACCAGGAACUCAUCAACGUGUGCAAUGAGAACUCACUGUUCAAGAGUUUGUCCCGUUACCUGGUGCGCCGCAGAGACCCAGAGCUCUGGGCCAGCGUGCUUUUGGAGACCAACCCCUUCAGGAGGCCCCUUAUUGACCAGGUGGUGCAGACAGCCCUGUCAGAGACCCAGGACCCAGAGGAGGUGUCUGUCACAGUGAAGGCCUUCAUGACUGCUGACCUGCCCAAUGAACUCAUUGAGCUGCUGGAAAAGAUCGUCCUGGACAACUCGGUCUUUAGUGAACACAGAAACCUACAGAACCUGCUCAUCCUAACAGCCAUCAAAGCGGACCGCACCCGCGUCAUGGAAUACAUCAACCGCCUGGAUAACUAUGACGCCCCAGACAUCGCCAACAUCGCCAUCAGCAGCGAACUGUUUGAGGAGGCCUUUGCUAUCUUCAGGAAGUUUGAUGUCAACACCUCUGCAGUGCAGGUUCUGAUUGAGCACAUUGGUAAUCUGGACCGGGCGUAUGAGUUUGCGGAGCGCUGUAAUGAACCUGCAGUGUGGAGCCAGCUGGCUAAGGCUCAGCUGCAAAAGGAUCUCGUCAAAGAGUCCAUUGACUCCUACAUCAAGGCUGAUGACCCCUCUGCCUACAUGGAGGUAGUUCAGGUCGCUUCCCAGAGUGGUAACUGGGAGGACCUGGUGAAGUUUCUGCAGAUGGCCAGAAAGAAGGCCAGAGAGUCAUAUGUGGAGACAGAGCUGAUCUUUGCACUGGCCAAAACCAACCGUCUCGCUGAACUGGAAGAGUUUAUAAAUGGACCAAAUAAUGCACACAUCCAGCAGGUUGGAGAUCGCUGCUAUGAUGAGAAGAUGUAUGAUGCGGCAAAACUUCUGUACAAUAACGUCUCCAACUUCGGCCGCUUGGCUUCUACCCUGGUCCAUUUGGGCGAGUAUCAAGCCGCUGUGGACGGCGCCCGCAAAGCUAACAGCACUCGCACAUGGAAGGAGGUGUGCUUUGCUUGUGUGGAUGGGACAGAGUUCAGAUUGGCUCAGAUAUGCGGUCUUCACAUCGUGGUUCAUGCCGACGAACUAGAAGAGCUCAUCAACUAUUACCAGGACCGUGGCUACUUCGAGGAGCUGAUCACCAUGCUGGAGGCGGCGCUGGGGUUGGAGCGCGCUCACAUGGGCAUGUUCACAGAGCUGGCCAUCCUCUACUCUAAAUUCAAACCACAGAAGAUGAGGGAACACCUGGAGCUCUUCUGGUCCAGAGUCAACAUCCCAAAGGUCCUGAGGGCUGCAGAGCAGGCUCACCUGUGGGCAGAGCUUGUUUUCCUCUACGACAAGUAUGAAGAAUACGACAAUGCCAUCAUCACCAUGAUGAGCCAUCCCUCAGAUGCCUGGAAAGAGGGACAAUUCAAAGACAUCAUCACCAAGGUGGCCAACGUGGAACUGUACUACAAAGCAAUCCAGUUUUAUCUGGAGUUCAAGCCCUUGUUACUGAACGACCUGCUCAUAGUUCUUUCCCCGAGACUGGAUCACUCGCGUGCCGUCAACUUCUUCAGCAAGGUCAAGCAGCUUCCUCUCGUCAAGCCUUAUCUGCGGUCAGUACAAAAUCAUAACAACAAGUCUGUCAAUGAAGCACUUAACAACCUCUUCAUCUCAGAGGAAGACUAUCAGGCACUCAGGACAUCUAUAGACGCAUACGAUAACUUUGACAACAUCUCACUGGCCCAGCGUUUGGAGAAACACGAGCUGAUCGAGUUCAGGAGAAUCGCUGCUUACCUCUUCAAGGGCAACAACCGAUGGAAGCAGAGUGUGGAGCUGUGCAAGAAAGACAAACUCUACAAGGAUGCCAUGCAGUACGCGUCUGAGUCGAAGGACAUAGAACUGGCCGAGGAGCUGCUGCAGUGGUUCCUUCAGGAAGAUAAGAAGGAGUGUUUCGCCGCCUGCCUCUUCACCUGCUACGACCUGCUCAGGCCUGAUGUGGUGCUGGAGACGGCGUGGAGACACAACAUCAUGGACUUUGCCAUGCCUUACUUCAUCCAGGUGAUGAGGGAAUACCUCAGCAAGGUGGACAAGCUGGAGACCUCUGAAUCCUUGAGGAAAGAAGAGGAGCAGGCGACAGAGACUCAACCCAUUGUUUAUGGCACACCUCAGCUCAUGCUGACAGCCGGUCCCAGUGUGCCUGUCCCCCCGCAGCAGGCUUACGGCUAUGGGUACACAGCAGCGCCUGGCUACCCCCCAGCUCCUCAGGCCCAGCCGGGUUUCGGUUACGGCAUGUAAGGACCUCCCCAUUUCCAGCUCGCUCCUCUUCCAGCUGCCGCUUGGUUCGGUCCAGCACCCCCAUGGAUCUCUCUUCCUCAGUCCUCCACCAGUCCGACUCUACCACUUUGUGCUCACAACGGGGGAUUUGAGCAAAUGUUAUUCUUUUACUUUACCUUUUUUAAAAUGAUUGUUUUUGUUUAUCGCGUUUUCUUUAUACCAUCAUGAAGGACUUUAUUUCUAUAUUGUCAAAGAUUUCAUCAAGAAUUAUUUUUUUCACAUUCCAGAUACUUACUAGAUUUAAUUUCCUGUCAGUUUAUCUGUCAAUAAAAGGGGAAUGGUGUCUACAAUGAGGAGACUUGUGGGAGAAGCAAGUCAGCUUAAUUAAAAUGACAAAACAACUUCAGAUUUGCACUCCGUAGUCAGAGAAAAACUAAUGUAUCAUUUUGGUGUGUGUGAACAACUUGUUCAGUCUGUCAGCAUUUAAUAUUGUAUAUUCCAGGAAAGAAAAUAAAAUCGAGAAAAAAAUAUACAACUACCGCCUCCACAAACAAACACUACUCAAUACCAGUAAUUCAAUGGGGGUGCGUAGCUCUCGAAAUAUAUAUAAAAAAGGGUUCUUUUAAAUGCAUAAACAUGCAUUCAUAUGGCAACUUCUAACUUUUUCCCUGACCUAUGCAGGUUCUCCAGUUUUUGUUUUCCAUAUGAAAAACAAACUUUUGUUGUGCAGUAACCCGUACUCAUUGUGUGGGACCAUCCAUUUGAGGAGGGAUAAUGAUUAAAAUAUAUAUAAAUAUA